AUGUAUUUUAACAAGGCGUUAGACAGUGAUAUAUAUUUUAACAAGGCAUUAGACAGGGAUAUGUAUUUUAACAAGGCAUUAGACAGAGAUAUGUAUUUUAACAAGGCAUUAGACAGAGAUAUGUAUUUUAACAAGGCAUUAGACAGAGAUAUGUAUUUUAACAAGACAUUAGACAGUGAUAUGUAUUUUAACAAGGCAUUAGACAGUGAUAUGUAUUUUAACAAGGCAUUAGACAGUGAUAUGUAUUUUAACAAGGCAUUAGACAGGGAUAUGUAUUUUAACAAGGCAUUAGACAGUGAUAUGUAUUUUAACAAGGCAUUAGACAGUGAAAUGUAUUUUAACAAGGCAUUAGACAGUGAUAUGUAUUUUUACAAGGCAUUAGACAGUGAUAUGUAUUUUAACAAGGCAUUAGACAGUGAUAUGUAUUUUUACAAGGCAUUAGACAGGGGUAUGUAUUUUAACAAGGCAUUAGACAGGGAUAUGAAUUUUAAAAGGCAUUAG